AUGGCUGCUCCAAAGAUCGCAAUUGUCUUUUACUCGAUGUACGGCCACAUCCAGGCUCUGGCUGAAGCUGAGAAGAAAGGAAUCGAAGCUGCUGGUGGCACCGCCGACAUCUACCAGAUUGCCGAGACUCUGUCAGACGAAGUUCUGGCCAAGAUGCAUGCUCCGACCAAGUCGAGCUACCCAGUCGCUGAGCCCAAGGACCUGCUCCCGUACGAUGCCAUUCUGUUCGGCAUCCCAACCCGUUAUGGAAACUUCCCUGCCCAGUGGAAGGCAUUCUGGGAUAAGACCGGCGGUAUCUGGGCCAAGGGCGAGUUCUUUGGAAAGUACGUCGGUGUCUUCGUCUCUACCGGCACUCCCGGCGGUGGCCAGGAAUCGACCGUCAUUGCCUCCAUGAGCACUCUCGUCCAUCACGGAAUGAUUUUCGUUCCAUUGGGCUAUAAGAACACUUUCCCAAUGCUAGCAAACGUUUCAGAGGUUCGUGGUGGUAGCCCAUGGGGUGCUGGAACCUUCGCUGGAGCUGAUGGUUCUCGUAAACCCACUCCUCUCGAGCUCGAGCUCGCUGAGGCACAAGGCAAGGGCUUCUACCAGGCCGUCUCAAAGGUCAGGUUCGCAUAA